AUGGAUCACGUGUAUGGACAUGUAACAAGUGGUUGGGAGAAUAUACGCUCUGUUUUUAAGCAAAAUUUAGACGAUGGACUUGAUAUUGGUGCAAGUCUAUGCAUUUAUUAUCGAGGAAAUUGUGUUGUUGAUUUAACUAGUGGUUGGAAAGAUCCAGAAACAAAAAAAGAACCUUAUACAUCAGAUACAUUACAAUUAGUAUUUUCUACUUCAAAAGGCAUAAUAUCUGCAGCUGUAGCAUUAUGUGUAGAAAGACAAUUGCUUGAUUAUAAUGCACCUGUUGCACGCUACUGGCCUGAAUUUGCUGCUAAUGGAAAACAGAAUAUUACGAUUAGUGAACUAUUAGCACAUCGAGCUGGUAUAGCAUGUGUCGAUGAAGAUAAUCUUACUGUUGAAGAUGGUUGCAAUUGGUCUCGAAUGGUUUCAUUAAUAGCUGCGCAAAAACCUCAUUGGGAACCUGGAACAGCACAUGGAUAUCAUGCUCAUACACUUGGAUAUGCUGCUGGUGAAUUAAUUCAUCGUGUUGAUCCUCAGCAUCGUUCAUAUGGUCAAUUUGUUCGUGAUGAAUUAGAUAGUGAAUUUUAUGUAGGUAUACCAAAUGACGAUAUUGAAACACGUAUUUCUCCUGUUGUUCGAAAACCGGGUGAUACAACUAGUGUACGUCCAAAAGUUUCACAAACUGAUAAAGCAUUAUCAUUGAGUGGUGCUUUUCCUCUUAACACACCAUAUAUAGUAUUCAAUGAAUCUCGAGUUCAUCGUGCAGAAUUACCAGGUGCCAAUGGCAUUACAAAUGCUCGAUCCUUAGCUCGUAUCUAUUCUUUACUUAUUGGUGAUAUUAACGAAAAUGGAAUAAAACAAAAACGUUUGAUAGGUGAGAAAACAUUGCAAGAAGCAAUUGAAAAUGUAACACCAGCAGAUGAACCUGAUCUAAGUUGGUAUAAUAAGCCAUCAACUUUUUCAAAAGGUGGUUUUCAAAUAUAUGGCGAAUGCUUUCAAAUAUUUCGUGAGGGUGUAUUUGGUUUUUCUGGUUAUGGUGGUAGUUGUGCUUUUGCUUUCCCUCCACAUCAAUUGACUUAUGCAUAUGCUUGCAAUCAUCUUGAUCCUGGUGCUCUUACGAUUGAUCCACGUAAUGCUCGUGUAAUUCAAGCUAUCGAAAAGAUUCUCAAUGAUCAAAAUAAAUAG